GAAAACCCCACCUGGCCCCUCCUGUGCCCCCUGGGCCCAGCCCCACUGUGUCCCCCCAACCUGCCCUGAGAUCCCGGAGAUGUCCACCCAUUGGGCCACCCACAGGCCUGCCUAUUCUCCUCUGGGAGGGGCAGAGGGGGCAGUGCUGGGCAGGGCGUCCCCCGGACCCAGCAGGGCCACUUCCAACAGCAGCUCCAAAUUUCUGGCUACAAGAGGCCUGACAGGGACAGGCCCUGCGCUCAAGGUCCCCAAUUUACAGGCAGGGAAAGCAAGGCCAGAAAGGUCUGCCCCCGGCAAGCCAGAAUGUGAGGCAGGAGGGGCCUCUGCGGCCCACCUAUGCCUAAGGUGACAAGACCAGCGGUCCACUCCCUCCCGCCCAGCACCCUCCCUGCCUGUCCUUUGUGUCUGAGGCCCUGAGUUCUCCCUGUUAAUUGGCCAGAGGUGCGGGCAGAGAUAUUAUGGGGAAACAAUUCCAUCUCUAUGUGGGUUCAGACCCGACCCGUUCUGCCACUUUCUGUGUAAUGGCAGAACCCGUUGGGCGGCUUUGGGCAGUCUCUGCCUCCUUUCUGCUCCUGGCUGGGAGAACCCAGAACCUGUCAAGCGGGUUUGGCCAAAAUUGUGUCUUGUUGCCUGUGCAAGUUCACACACUGCUCGCCUCUAUCUCCCGGGCAGGAGCGUUCCGGCUCGGCAGGAAGGUCCUUGGAGGUCGAUGCGGGCAAGGGGCCAUGCGGCUGGAAACAGAGGGGCAGGAGGGCUGAGGGGCCAUCCCUGCACCCGAGGACAGACGGACCUGCGCCAGGGCCGUGGGGGGCCAUGGAUAGCUUCACAGAGUCGCUGAACAGGCUGAAGGACCUUCAUGAGAAGGAGGUCCUGGGCCUACAGAACAAGCUUCUAGAACUGAACUCGGAGAGGUGCCGGGAUGCCCAGAGGGUGGAGGAGCUGUGUGCCAAGAACCAGCAGCUCAGGGAGCAGCAGAAGGCUCUGAAGGAGAAUGUGCGGGCGCUAGAGAACAGGCUGCGGGCUGGCCUGUGUGACCGCUGCACGGUCACCCAGGAGUUGGCCAGGAAGAAGCAGCAGGAGUUUGAGAGCUCCCUCCUUCAGAACCUGCAGCACAUCUUCAUCCUCACCAAUGAGAUGACCCGGCUACAGGAGGAGAAUGAGGCCUUGAAGGAGGAGGUGACCCGGCUUCGGGGCCAAGGACCCAAGCCCCAGUGCAGGGAGAGCGCCUUGGACCCCACCUCGCCCCUGCUGCUCCCCUCCCCUGGUGCCCGGAAGGCUGUCACCGAGAAACUACCAGGAGGCCACGAGGAGGCCGAAGACGGCCACCCAGAAAAGUUGGGGUACAAGACAUCUCCAGUGGCCAAAAUCUCCCCGGGUGCCAACCUACCUGAGCCUCGGGCCCCAGACAUGAGCCCCCAGCGUAUCUCCAACCAGCUGCAUGGGACCAUCGCUGUGGUGCGGCCAGGGGCCCGGGCCUGCUCUGCUGACCGGGGCUCCGCCAACGGGACACCCCCCCUGCCAUCUGCUGGGGGCAGCCCCCCCAGCCCACCUUAUGAACACAGCCUCCCCCUGGACAGCUUCCUGCGGGCCUCUCGGCCCUCCACCUUGACCUACGAGUCCUUGAAGCCCUCCCUCCAGGCUGACCGCCUCUGCCUCACGAACCGCCACCUGUCCCUGUACCUUCGGAGCUCCCACAGCAGUCCCCGGGCCCCUGUCACAGCCCCGGGGGGCCCCCGGCCCGAGGGCCUGAAGGCCGGAGUGGCAGAGGCCUGGGAAGAUCCCAUGGGCCUGCUGGGCCUGCCGGGUGCCCUGGUGGACAUGCGGGACCCACGGCUGGAGGGGGCGCUGCAUGUGCUCCUGGCCCAGCAGCUGCGGCCUCGGGGGCAGGCCAGAGGUGCCAGGCUGAGGGGCCCACACAGGCUGCGGGAGACGCCGCCCUCCCCUCCAGUCGGCUUGGACUCCGAGGGCCCAGAGGACAAGGCAGCCGGGGCAGCCGUGCCCAGGGGGCAGUGCCCACAGCCCAUCGGCCCAGGCAGCCCCCGGGCAAAGGAGGACACGGCCACAAAGGCUCAUGCCCCAGACAAGCCCCUGGACCUCUCGGAGUGGGGCCGGGCCCGGGACGCCCCCAAGCCCUCUGGCCGCCCAGGCUCGCUUAGCCCCAUAACUGCCCACACUCCCAGUCCUGAGCCGCUCCAGGGAAUACAGCCACCUGCCCAGUCUGGACCCUGGGGAUGCAGCAAUGGCACCGAGGGGGCCAGAGCACCAGAGCCGGAAGAGCCCCCCACACCCGAGGGUCCCCCACAUCGUCUCCCAGGGCCCCACCCCAGCCUACCCUCUCUUGGCGGGACAGGAGAUGAGUCCAGAGAACAGUCGAAACUGUCCCCCCACCCGCAGGGGCCUGCUGUUGAUGGCCACCCCGGUAAAGAGCUCAGCGAGCCAGAGGUGCAGCAGCAAGUGUCAGACGAGCUGAAGGGGCCAGACGCCUCGGAGAGUGAGAUGGGCCUGAGCCCCAAAGCAGAGGCCAGGGUCACGCUGAGCAUGCCUGGGGAGGAGCCCACGUGUUUCUGCACCCAGGAGCGCGGGCGGGGCCCACAGCAGAAGAGGAAGCGGGCCUCCUCCUCUGACCCAUGGGACAAAGCCUCAAAGAAGCUGUCCUGAGAGAGAAGGCAGCCAAGGGGCCUGGGAGCCAGAGGGACCCCGAGGAUGGCAGCCCCUCACCCAGCAACAGCAGCUCGGAGACCUAGCUAGCUGUGCCCAGGGGUACCACCACUGACCCAGACGUGCUCCCCACCUGACUGCCCACGGCCAGGACAGCCCAUACCAUCAGCCUAGCAGACAGUCUGGCUCAACAGAGGAGGGGACUGGGUCCUGGCCAUAUCCAGAGGGACUGGGAAGGCUGAGAGGAGGUCUUUAGCUGGUCUUUCGAACCCCUCCACCUCCAUGCAUCUCAGAAGUAACCGGCUGGACCUGCUGCCCCAUUCUCUCCCCAGCAUCUGUUCCCUCGUGGGGAGCAGGGGGUCAGGAGGUACUGGAGGCAGGGAUCCUCAGGCUCCCAUCCAGCCCAGCUUUACCCCUGCAGCCCCCCCACCUCUGACCAUCCCAGACCCCACCGGCGUCCUGGACUCCUGGAGCCCUGCGAGCCAGGCCGCCCCUUCCCUGAACGGCACAGCGCUCAGAGCAGCGGUCUCGGGCGCCCUCUCGUGGAGUCCUGCAAACCAGCGCGCUGAGGACAUAAGGAGGCCUGGAGGACGCUGGAAGUGUGCGGGCAGUGGUGUGGUGCCUUUGCCCUCGCAAGAGAGGGUCCCCAGGGCACUGGGAGAAUA